GCGUGUGAAGUUUAUUUUGUGAAUAGAAAUCAAAUCAGAUGCAGAUUAUUCAAUGAAUCACACAUUCGAUUAGAUUGCAUUGUACAAUUACCUCAUUUUCCACAUUCUAAACUAAAUCAAUGUGACUUUGCAAACUUCCUUUCAGCCUUUGUAACAUCAGCAGUGUUGCAAAACGCUCGAAAACAUGCAGAAUCUGACAGAACUCCCAGGCAACACGACAUCCAGCAAUAACCUCUCCGUCAUUGUGAAGGUGUGUGUGGUGAUCCCACUCUUCAUUGCCUUCCUGUUCUUCAUCCUCCUGACAUUGUACACCUUUGCAUCUCACAGGCAGUUCUUUGACAGCUCCCGUUAUAUCCUCUUCACCUACAUGCUGAUGAACGACACCCUGCAGCUGCUCUCCUCCGUAUCCCUCUUCUUGCUAGCAAUGGGCGGGGUGCAGUUUGCAGUCGUCUACUGUGCUCCACUGCUGUUUGUGUCCACUGCUACCUUCCUAAACACCCCACUCAUCCUUUCCACCAUGUCACUGGAGCGCUACGUGGCCAUUUUCUACCCGCUUCACCGUCCUGCCAUCUGGAGGCCGGAAUGGAUUUGGAUCAUCAUAUUAAGUCUGUGGAUCAUCAGCUGCAUUCUGCCCACUGUCGACUUUGUCUUGAUGCGGCUCAAGCCGGGUGUAGAUAUCCAUUCGACCCCUGUGCUCUGCAAGACCACUGUGCUCAGUGCUUCUCCUAUUCAAGCUCUGUUUAAAGUGAGCCUCAAUGGGAUCUUCUUCGCAGUGGUCGCUGUGGUCAUCCUCUUUACGUACAUUCGGAUCCUGCUGGAGACCCGUCAGAUGCGGAAGGACCGAGUGUCAGUAAGCAAGGCUCUGCACACAGUGCUGCUUCAUGGGCUCCAGUUGCUCCUCAGCAUGAUGGCUUUCUCACAACCUAUCGCAGAACUCUUACUUGUCCAGCGUGUCAGCUUGUCUCAAGCAGAUAUGUCUUUUAUCUACUAUUUCUGCUUCAUUCUGCUUCCUCGUUUUCUGAGCCCGCUCAUUUACGGCCUUAGAGACGAGAGCCUUAGAAGCUAUAUGAAGAAAGCCAUGCCUUGUUUUGGUGCACGUAUUGACCCACAUAAAGAAGUCAAAAUCACUAAAUAAGAUUGCAAGAACAAUGGGUUUGUUAGUUAUUGCUUUUGUAAGAGUGACAGAUAGAACUGUCAUUGUGCAUUCUGUUUUAUAUUUGACACGUACACCAUCAAAAACCAAAGUUUAAUAUUUCGCCACCUUGGAAUUAUAAGGUUCUAUCUGCAUUCUGAGCUGUUUUGAGAUAUUGAGCUUCAAAGUUUUUGCAUUCCAUAUUCCUUUGUAGAUAGAACCUUUUUUUUCUAAAAAAAAAAUAAUA